AUGGCGGCCACGUUUUGCUCUUUCCUUUUGGUGGUCAGUACCAUCUCCACCAUCACCCCUUCAUCCUACGGAUUAUCUUUCAACUACACAACCUUCAACGGCCACGCCGAGAACAUCAACUACGAGGAAGCCUUCCCAGCGGACAAUGCAAUUCAGCUCACCAAAAACCUCCUCGGCUCCGAUCUCAAUCAGAGCUUCGGCCGCGCCACUUUUAGCUCACCGCUGCCUCUCUGGGACGCUAAUUCAAGAAAGCUCACUGAUUUCAAAACCCAUUUUACAUUCAGCAUCUUUUCCCAAUACCAGGAUGGCUACGGCGAUGGCCUCGCCUUCUUCUUGGCUCCCAAAGGAUCGAAGCUUCCCCCUAGCCUCACAAACGGAAGCUCCAUGGGACUCACCAGAGACCUCCAGCAGCUGAACAAAUCUGAGAACCGUUUCGUGGCCGUGGAGUUCGACAUCUUUAGCAAUCCAUGGGACCCAGCUGGGAAGCACGCCGGGAUCGACCUCAACUCCAUGGAAUCCGCCAAGUCCAUCACUUGGGGAGGAGAUGUAGUCGGCGGGAGGAGGAGCGACGCUUGGAUCACUUACAACUCCAGUGUGCACAACUUGAGUGUUGCGGUGACGGGUUUCGUGGCCGAUAUGAUGUUUGUUCAGACCUUCAGCUACGUGGUGGAUUUGAGAGAUUACCUUCCUGAAGAGGUGACUUUUGGGUUCUCCGGAGCUACAGGGAAUCAAAGCGCGAUUCACAGGAUUCACUCGUGGGAAUUUGAGUCCACAUUGGAAGCAACUGGGCCUCCUCAAAGAAGCAGGGGAAGUAAAAACAGAGUUCCCCUGAUUCUCGGUUCAGGAGGGAUGCUCGCUGGGUUGGUGUUGUUGCUUUCUCUUGUUACUCAUUAUUACAGGAGAAGGAUGUUUUGUAGGAGGAACGAUGGGCAUGGCAAUGAUGAGGACGAGCAACAUCAAAUCGAUCGUCGAAUCAUGGACCAAGUAUUGGCGGAAGGAGCGGAAGGAGGGCUGAGGAAGUUCUCGUUCCAAGAACUGGCUCGAGCAACCAACAACUUCGACGACGGAGAAAACAAGCUUGGGGAAGGUGGUUUCGGCGGGGUUUACAAAGGGAUUCUCGCGAGGGGGAAAAACAACGGGGAGGAGUACGUUGCGGUGAAGAGGGUGUCCAAGAGAUCGAGACAAGGGAUUCGGGAAUUCGCGGCGGAGGUGAAGAUCAUCAGCCGAUUGAGGCAUCGAAACCUGGUGAGGCUGAUUGGAUGGUGCCACGACAAGGAAGAGCUGCUGCUGGUUUAUGAGUUCCUUCCCAAUGGCAGCCUGGAUUUCCACCUCUUCAAGCACAAGGACAAGGAUGGCAGUGCCACCACACUGCCGCUGGGCUGGGAGACGAGGUACAAAAUAGCCAAAGGGCUAGCCGCCGGUUUGCUCUACUUGCACGAGGAGUGGGAGCAAUGCGUGGUUCACAGAGACAUCAAAUCGAGCAACGUGAUGCUGGAUUCCAAUUUCGGGACCAAACUGGGGGAUUUCGGGCUGGCGAGGCUGGUGGAUCAUGACAAGGGACCCGAAACAACGAUCCUGGCGGGGACCAUCGGGUACGUGGCGCCGGAGUGCGUGACGACCGGGAAGGCGAACAAGGAGUCGGAUAUCUACAGCUUCGGGGUGGUGGCGCUGGAGAUCGCGACGGGGAGAAAGCCGGCGGUUAUGAUGAAGCUGGAGAAGCAGUGCUUUGUGCAUUUGGUUCAGUGGGUUUGGGAGCUUUACGGGGCCGGGAGGAUGAUCGCAGAGGGCGCGGAUCCCAGAUUGGGCGGGGAGUUUGACGGAGGAGAGAUGGAGAGGCUGAUGAUCGUUGGGCUGUGCUGUGCCCACCCGGAUUCGAGCUUGAGGCCUUCGGUGAGGCAGGCGCUUCAAGUGCUCAAUUUCGAGGCCCCGUUGCCGAUUCUGCCACCCAAUAUGCCGGUGGCUACUUUCGUUUCUGCCCCGCCGUCGAUCAGUGGAACCUCCACCUCGUCCUUGUCGGUAAUGGCAUUGACCGAGUCACUUGACGUCACCAACGCCAUGGCCCGGUGA